CUGACGGCAGCUCCGCGAGAGCGACCCCUGCAGAGAAGGGACGCCGCGAGCAGCCGCCGCAGAAAGACGCCACGGCCGCGCCUGACCGCUUCGGACGCCGAGCCGCCGCCAGGAGGCUGCUCACGUGAGCCGGAGCCCAGCGGUCACCUGGCGAAGACGAGGCCGCCGUGCCUUCCAGCUCGUGGCCGCCAGGAGGAGAAGCCGCUUAGCCGUCGCCCCGACCCCAAGGGCUUGGAGCAAGCAGCCCCCAGAGAGAGAGAGUGUGGCCAAGCGAAAAUGGCUUUGGCACCUCCAAGUUACUCUUUUGUUGCGUUUCCACCCCAUGCUAAAGAUAGCAUUGUAAUAGUUGGAAAGAAUUCUGCACGACCUAGAGACGAAGUACAAGAGGUAGUUUAUUUUGCUGCUGCUACUCAUGAUGUGGGAUGCAAAGUUGAGUGCACAUACAUUGAAAUUGAUCAGGUGCCGAAGACCAAUGCCAUUGCAUUGAGCAGACCCUCGUGGCUAUGGGGGGCGGAAAUGGGAGCCAAUGAACAUGGAGUUUUCAUUGCAAAUGAAGCCAUUGUCGCAAAAGAGCCAGCCUCUGAAACUGAAGCUCUCCUCGGAAUGGACCUUGUCAGGCUUGGUCUAGAAAGAGGUGCCACAGCAAAAGAAGCCUUGGAUGUAAUCGUUUCUCUCUUGGAAGAGCAUGGACAAGGUGGAAAUUAUUAUGAAGAUGGGAAAUCAUGCCACACUUUCCAUAGUGCUUAUCUGAUAGUGGACAAGAAAGAAGCUUGGGUACUGGAGACUAUUGGGAAAUACUGGGCAGCAGAAAAAAUUACAGAGGGUGUAAAGUGCAUUUGCAACCAGCUAUCCUUAACCACAAAAAUUGAUGCAGAGCAUCCUGAGCUUAGAAAUUAUGCUGAAAGUCAAGGAUGGUGGUCUGCAGAUACAGAGUUUAACUUUGCUAAAGUCUUUUCUCAGUCUGACAGUCAUUCAGAUUGUUGUUUGGGAAAGGAGAGUCUAGAGAAGCAAGAAGGCAACAUCACUGUGCAAACAAUGAUUGACAUAUUGAGGGACAGCUCUGGCGGUAUAUGUGUGGAUUCAGAAUCAUUUCUUACAACAGGAAGCAUGGUAUCUGUAUUACCUCAGAAUCCUAGUUCCCCAUGUAUCCAUUAUUUCACUGGCACACCAGACCCAUCAAGGUCCAUAUUUAAACCUUUCAUCUUUGUUGGUGAUGUGAAAUUAGUACCAAAAGUUCAGUCACCCAUUUUUGGUAGUGAUGAUCCUGUAAAAAAAGUUCCCCGGUUUCAAGAGAAGCCAGACCGCAGACAUGAACUGUACAAGGCACACAGAUGGGCCUGGUCAGUCAUAGAGAAUGAUGAGGAUAAAAGUCAGAAGCUAAGAAGAACAAUGUUAGACCUUGAAAGACAAGGUUUGGAAGCAAUGGAGAGCAUUCUUAAUAGUUCUGAGGUUCUUGAUCCUUCUGAAGUAGAGGACCUUUUCUAUGACUGUGUUGAUACAGAAAUUAAGUUCUUGAAGUGAAUGACCGUAGACACUGGUAGCCUUUGCAUAAGAAGACUGUAAAGCUCGUCACACCUUGAAUGAUAAUCUUACCGUAUUGCCGAAUUGUGGAGGAAAUUAUCUUUCUAGAGAGGUGUUCCUCAGUAGCUGUAUCCAGUUAACACAUUCCUUGCCCUUUAAUUUUCAUUAUAUGUCGUCCUGUGUGCGUUGUCAAAAGAGAGUGUUCAUUGACUGGUUCAGUAACUGUAUGCAUGCUGGCUAAUGUGAUGCAGAAUGUUUUGACUCAUUCGAUCAAAAGAACGUAAAACACAGAAAAAGCAGAGCCCAUGUAGUAAUGAAUAUUACCUUUCAAAUUAAGUAAUUCCUUGAACAAAAAUUAUCUCAUUUUUAAAAAAAACAAUUCCAAAGCAAAAAUGUACUAGCUGCAUGUAUGUUUGAAAAGAGAAUGUGAACUGUUGAGUUUUAAAAAGCCCCUUGCAUAUGGUAUGUCUUCGAGCAGUGGGAUAGCUUCUCAUUUAUUCUAAUUUUAGGCUGCUAGGUUUGUACUGCCUCAUUUAUGCACAUCUUAGAAAAGUAGCUGUUGUCUCAGUUGCUCCUCUUGCCCCCAUUCCAUCUAUCAAGCUGUGGAGGUUGUGUUUACAUAAAUGCUUUCCUCCUCUAAGUAUAUUUUUGAAUAGUGUCAGUGCAGUGAUUCUAAAUUGCUGUGACACACUUUAAAAGUGAAAGGAAGAGCGAAAAGCUUUCAAUUGGGAGAAAAAUCAAGAACAAGCGUUUGACCACAAGAGUUGUAUUACUUAAAACAGAUAACAGGCCCUAAGCAUAUAAAUAACUUUAUACAGUACUGCUUGUUUGCACAUGGAAAAUCUGAUUUAGCCAAGUACAAGCAAAGUACUAACGGAAUAUGUCAGUGAAAUGUAUUUGUAGUUAUGCUAAUUUGCACUGGCUUAAAUCUGAUUGCAUAAUCUGAUUUCAUAGUGUGGCGUUCACCCUCGUGCCCCUUACUUGACCGUCAAGACUCAGAGCACAUGAAGGCAAACAAUCCCCUC